AUGCUCUUUUCAGGGGACCAAGUCCCGUCCACUCGGGUACCUGAGAUCCCUCCCGCGCCUGGAUCCGGCAUGACUCCGAUAUCCGAAGCUUUGACAGUCAUCAUCACCACCUCGCCCACGCCUUCUGCCCCGUCCACCGAGUUGCUGGACACUAUCCUGGCCUCAUUCCAUGAGCACUGCCCCGUAUUGCUGGACUGUAAUGUUGUUGUUGUCUUGGACACCUAUGACAGGAUUGAGCCGGCAAAUCGGUUGAAGAAGGGGUUUGUGACAGCGGAAGGCGCCCAGAAUUUCCCAGCGUACAAGGACAAUGUAAAGACGCUUGUGCUGCGGGAGUUUGCUGGGAUUGAAGCAUCGGAGAAGCUUAUUCUGGUUGAAGAGGAUGGCCAGGCGGAGUAUGGCUCGCCGUGUAUACCGACCAAUUCCACGGCUUUGAAGAUUCGAAAGACCGAAGACCAGCGUGUCAUCUUUAUCGAGCCAUCGGAGCGCAUUGGCUUCGGGCUGGCAGUCCGCUCGGCGCUGAGACUAGUCGAGACUCCGUAUGUGUGGGUGCAGCAACAUGACUGGAACUUGAUCGUCAGCAUCCCAAUCCAAUCGAUUGUAGACGUCAUGGCAGCAAGUGACUCCAGUGAGGAAGCUCCAGUAAAAUACGUGUGUCUGCCUUCUCCCAGAAUGCUGGGUUAUGCAGACUCUGGGCAUGUCAAACCGUUUGCGAGCCUAAGGGAGUCAACUAUGACUUUAAAGCGAGACUUCUCAGUGGCGUCGAGCCCGCACACCAUCUCGCUGACGCCACUUUUCUUUUGGCACGACAAGACUCACGUCGCUUCAACCCAGCACUAUCUCAAUCGCGUUUUUCCGUCUCGCCUGGCGAUGACGAGAGGGGCAUUCAUCGAGGACCACAUUGGACAGCGAGCAAGGAAUCAGAUGAAAGAAGGCUUGUUCAAGAACGAGAAGCGGAAUCUCAUCAUCCGUCUUCACCUUGCGACAACUCAUUUCCCCUUGACAACACCAGUUGACAACUUCACCGACAAAGUCAUCGCCAUGGCUAGCCCACAGAAGGACCUGAUCUGGUCCAGCUCAAAUGGCGUUCAGGAUCAAUAUCUCGAACUGUUCGAGAGGGGCACACUUUCUGAUGCCGUAGUACGCUGUGGCAAGCGCAUUUGGAAGGUGCAUAAAGCCAUUCUGUGCGUCAAAAGCAAGUGGUUCAUGAAAGCAUUGACCGGACCCUUCAAGGAGGCUGAGACGGGCGUCAUCAAUAUCACUGAGUUCGAGGAAAAGGAAGUCGAUUGCCUGCUACGAUACAUCUACACAGGGAAAAUCAAUGUUACCAAAACCUUUUCUAACCAGGCCGCUCUUACCGCAGCUGUCACAGUCUGGAAGAUGGGCGACUUCUUUUGUCUUGAAGAUCUUCGCAAGGUCGCUAUUGAAGGUUUCAACGAGCUAACCCGCCAAUUGACUUUCAUGCUGUCCACCAUGAGUAUCACGGACUCUCUUGCGCGAGGGCAGGUUAGAAGCAUCGUGCAACAAGUCCAGGCACUGUACAAAGAGAGAAGUGUCGUUCAGGAAAUUGUCAAAUCCCGUCUCCUGGCCGUUUUGCUCUCCGGCAUUCAUCUCUUCGCCAACACUCUAGAAUUUCAGAUAUUGCUUCGCGAACUGCCGGAAUUCGCCUCAGACUGGGCAGUGGCACUCACAAACAGCAUGGGGUCAUUGAGCAUGCCUCAACGCCCCUUAGGCCGGUGCGACAAGUGCAAUGGGCGAUUGUCACUGGGCAUCGAUCGUGUCAUGUGGUUCAAACAACAACGACUCGAGGUUUUCUGUGAAAAAUGCUUUCCUGACCAAUGCCUUGAGAAUUGGAUCGACGAGGCCAUCAAACCCAGCAACACCGACGAGAGCUCCGGGGACUGGGACAAAAGUGACGAGGAGGAGAUGGUUUAG